GAUCAUGGGGCGUCUGAGAGCCAAAAAAGAGAUAUUUCGUGACAACAAGAAGAAGGUGUAAUCAUCACCUUCACAUUUUCAGAAGUGUUUCAGCCAAACUUUUGCUCCUUACCUGAGGCUUUCGUGGUAUUUGGAGAUGUCGCUGUGGACUUCACCCAGGAGGAGUGGCGAUUGUUGAGCCCUACACAGAGAACCUUGUACAGAGAAGUGAUGCUGGAGACAUAUGACCAUCUGGCCUCGCUGGAAAUACCAUUUUCCAAACCAAAGGUCAUUUCUCAGCUGGAGUAUGGGGAAGAGCGCUGGUUAGAGGAGAGUCAGCCUCCUGUGAGCCUUCCAGGGAAGUGUUGCCCAGAAGAUCAGAAACAGCAACAGGAACUCUUUAAACAAGCCUGCUCUAGUGACAAAGCAGAAAUUCAAGAGAGAAAAGACUCCAAGCUUUUAUUUGGGAAAGUACACAAAAGCAGCACUUCAAAGGAAUUCUGCAGCUCACCUGAUGAACAGCCAAUAAGGUUUGAGAAGGACAAUGCAGUGGAGAAUUUAGGGCUCAGCCUUGACCAGAGGACCAACCUCACAGAACUAGACAAAGUACUGCAUGGCUUAGAAGAAUCAGGAUUUGGAGCAAUAAAAUACAGAGAGUUUGGUCUAAGAUUUAUCAAGGAGUCAAACCUACUCAGUCUCCAGAAGACACACACAGAGUGGGGACAGUGCUUUGACAAUAUGCCAGAACUCAUCAAAAACGAAAGGACAUGCCCUGGGGGAAAGCCCUAUGUGUGUAGGGAAUGCGGUCAAAGUUUUACCUGGAAAUCAAAUUUCUUUGCACACCAGAGGAUACACUCAGCGGUCAAACCUUAUGUGUGCAAGGAAUGUGGACAGAGCUUUAGCCUGAAAUCGAACCUCAUUACACACCAGAAGGCACACUUUGGGGAGAAGCCUUACAUUUGUAGGGAAUGUGGGUGUGGUUUUCGCCAGCAUUCACACCUCAUUCGACAUAAGAAGAUCCAUUCAGGAGAGAAGACUUAUGUUUGCAGAGAAUGUGAGCAAAGCUUUAGCCAGAAGUCACACCUCGUUAGUCAUGUAAGGACACACACAGGAGAGAAACCUUAUUUAUGUACAGAAUGUGGGCGUCACUUUAGCUGGAAGUCCAACCUAAAGACACACCAACGGUUACACUCGGGCCUUAAACCUUUCAUGUGUCUGGAGUGUGGUCAGCACUUUAGCUUGAAGUCAAACCUCAAGAAACAUCAGAGAUCACACACUGGAGAGAAGCCAUUUGUAUGCAGAGAGUGUGGGCGAGCCUGCACCCGGAAAUCAACCCUCAUCUCACACCAGAGGAUCCACUCCGGGGAGAAGCCAUUUAUCUGCAGGGAGUGUGGCCGAGGCUUUAAUCAUAAGUCAGGUCUCAUCUCACACCAGAGGACACAUUCAGGCGAGAAGCCUUUUGUAUGCAGGCAGUGUGGUAGAAGCUUUAACCAGAAGCAAAACCUAUUCAGACAUAGGAGGACACACACUGAUGAUAGGGCCUUCGUGUGCAGAGAGUGUGGGCAAGGUUUCUCUGAUAAGGUAACUCUCAUUACACACCAGGACACCCAUUUUGGGGGGAAGCCUCAUGUGUGCAGCGAAUGUGGGCAAGGCUUUAGCAGGCAGUCACACCUUAUUCGCCACCAGAGGAUGCAUACAGGAGAAAAGCCUUUCGUUUGCAGGAAAUGUGGUCGAGGCUUUAGUCAGAAAUCAAACCUCGGCAGACAUAUUAAAGGACACACGCAGGAUGAAAACCUUGUGAAAUGAAACCAUUAACCAGGAGUCAGCUCCAUAUAUUUGAGGGGAUACCUAGAGCUGUGGCUUAAUCACAUUAGCAGUUGCCACAUAUCAGAAUAGAGACAUACUAUAUGUGAGGGUUAUGCACACAGUACUGUAAUAGUGAGGCUCACUCUGAAGAACUGCCGGCCUCUUUUCUCUGACUUGGUGAUUGUGGGAGGUUUCUCAGGUAAAUUGAUGGAGUUGUUUCUAAAUAAGUUGAAUUUAGUAAAUUGGGAUUAUUUUAAUGCCAAAGUACACUUGAACACUCCAUCCACAGUAAUCUUAAUGUGAGUGAACAAUAUUAGAGCUGGUCUCAAAUUUCAAAAACAAGGUACUUAAGGGUCUGGAGUGAUGAUAGUCCAGCAGAUAGGACCUUUGCCUCGCACUCAGACAACCUGGAUUUGAUCCUCACUACCCCAUAUGGUUCCCUGAACGAGGUACUUAACAGAAAUCAAGAUUGUGUCAAUCUUGCUUCUGCUUCCCCAGAGCAUGACAGCAGUCAGCUUCAGGAAGUGUUUGGGAAAUGUUGAGUUCAUGGAAACAGAUAAUAUGUAGAUUAACACAUACUAUCUAUAAAUAACUGAUAGGUGAGAAGGAUUGUAAUUAGCCUAGCUUUAGGUUUGAAAAACAGACUGAUUCUAGGUUUGAAGAAAAUAAAUCUUUUUUUUGCAUUAAAAUAAUUAUUAAUCAUUGUG